AUGGAAGUCGUUCUUGAGCCCGUCAUCUCCGAACUCGUUAAGGGGUUGUUUAAGAUACUGGGGUCCAAUGAAGUGCGGGACUUUGCCCAGCAACUUGUUGGAGGGGUAGAUUCAAAGCUCAAAGAGCUGAAGGACAAGUUGACACACAUUGGAAAUCUUCUUCGCAAUGCGCAAGACAAGCAACUGUCAGAUGAAAGCGUAAAGAACUGGCUUGACAAUCUUCAACAGUGGGCUUAUGAUGCGGAGGAUUUACUCGAUGAGUUUGCCUACGAAGCUUUGCGAAACAAACUGAAGGCACAACACCAGGCAAGCUCUAGCAAAGGAUUUAGCUGCCUCCCCGCUUGUUUACCGAGUCCUUUGUUCGCUGUCCAGAUGGGGUGCAAGAUCAAAGAAAUCAAUAGCCGGUUGGAUAAACUUCGCCAACAAAGAUCAGCUGAACGUGAAGAUCAAGAGCGUUCUGGACUGCCACCAACUAACGUCGCUGCACCGCCAAAACCAGAGGAAACUUCAAGCGUCCGACCUGAACAAAAGGUUUAUGGCAGAAAUGAAGAUGAAGCCGAACUAUUGAAAAUGGUGAAAAGCGGUGCCAACUUUCAAGUAAUAGCAGUUGUCGGCAUGGGAGGGAUCGGCAAAACAACAAUUGCUCGAGAAGUGUACAAUCACAAGGAGUUGGAAGAUAUCAAGUUUGACAAAAAAGCGUGGGUGUGCGUUUCAACCAACUUUAAAGUUGAAGAAAUCUCAAAGGAACUUCUUGAGCAAUUCUCAAAGGAAGUUCCAAAAAAUUUCAAUGAAAUACAAGUUCAGCUGGAAAAGGCAGUAAGUGGAAAGAAAUUCUUGAUAGUGUUAGAUGAUAUUUGGAAGGUGGAGUACCAGCAAUGGGAAACGCUUAAGUCUCCUUUCGCAGCUGGUGCACCUGGAAGCAUGAUGAUCGUGACAACACGCGAUACAGAUGUUGCACAAACAAUAAGAUGCUCUCAUACUUAUCAAUUGAAGCUUUUAUCCAACGACGCUUGUAAAUCCUUGUUUCAGGAGCAUGCGUUUGGGGCUGGUGCAUUUGCUGUUCCUAAUCAAAUUUCGGAUUCAAUUUACAAGAGAGUUGUUGAAAGGUGUGGCGGCCUACCACUGGCAGCAAAGACCCUUGGUGGUCUUCUACGCUUUAAGCAGAGCGACACAUGGGAAAAUAUAUUGGAAAGCAAAAUAUGGAGUACAUCUGAUGAAAGGGAUCACAUUCUCCCAGCAUUAAAGCUAAGCUAUCAUUAUCUUCCUUCGAAUCUAAAAAGAUGUUUUGGCUAUUGCGCAAUUUUUCCUCAGGAUUACGAAUUUGAGGAGAAGGAACUUGCACUUCUAUGGAUUGCGGAAGGUAUUGUUCAACCAUCUGAUAAACAGCUAGAUGAGGCAGUUAGAAAAGUUGAGAGUACUAUCUUUUGA